AUGCAAUUGAUCGUUGAUGUCGCUGGUGAGGCUAAAACCUCCGUCAACAUCAGCCCAGACUGUCCACCAACAGAAACAAAUGAUGUGCUGCAGAGGACGAAAAGAGGAGCUGUUGUUCGACCCUUCAGCGCAGAAGGAAUUGAAAGCGGAAGCUCCUCUACUGACUACAGCUCCGAUUACGGCACCGCUUCCGCUCAGUCAGGCCUCAAUCCUUCCAUGCCAAGCGCAGAUUCUGCCAUGGGAGGAAUGGGAGGAAUGGGCGGAAUGGGAGGUGGAAGCCAAUUUGGAGGCCCAAGGAGUCCAGGAGGGCCAGGGGGUCCGGGAGGAUUCAAUGGAGGGCCUCCCAGAAAUCAGAAAAUGCAGAGGAGAUGCCGCGGUAAUAAUAAUUUGCCAGGAUGUUGGAAUAUGAAUGGUCCACCUGGAAGAAAUGGGCGCAGGAGGCAUGGGCGUCCACGUCCAAACGAUGACUAUGGAGGCAACUGGCAGUCUGGACCAGGAGGUCCCAUGGGGCGUCCUGGCCCUAGGGGCUCCAUGGGUCCUCCCAUGAAUCAGCGAAUGCGUUCUUCUGGAUCAUCAUCCGACACUUCCAGUACCACCAGUGACUACAGCUACUAA